GCACCUGCGAGGUCACCGGUUCCUCAAUGCAGUGUCCAAGGCGCUCCCGGUGAUCUGUGCGGAGAAGCUGACGGUGGAGGUGGCGUGCAGGCGUGCAGCCCUUUGUCAACAUCAAUCUUUCAACAUCUCUUCAACAUCUCCCGAGUUCAGCCCAAGACCCAGUGAUGUUCGAUUCACACAUGUACCCGCACCUCCUCGACCUCGUGCUCGCGCACGCUUCCCGACCUGUGCUGUUUGCGUUUCGCGCGACUUCCCGCAGCAUGCGAGUGAAGGCCGACGCACUCCUGGCGUACCACAUUGUCCUUCGCGAGCGACACGAUGCCACCAAAACAUACGUUGCACCUGUGACAAUCGAGAACCCCGAGGGCCGCCUUCCGCUGUUCUACCUUUGGGACGAGGCCGAGGAUGAUAACUUGGGCGACUGGCCCGUCAUAGCCUACGACAGGUGGUGGGCAGCGUCCGAAGAACCCGACACCGCGCUGGCGCAGCGGGCGUACGGAGCCCGACAAUGUCUCCGCCACACCCGCAUCCUGGAUAUCGCGGGGGAUGUGGAUGGCAGCCGCAUCGUCGAGCUUACCUCUGGCUUGAGAAACGGAGCUAUACUGCGAGCUUUGCGCGGGGAUGACGGCCUCACCAUCCUCCAUCCACACACCGAGCACAACGACGACACCCAACAAGCGCUCGACCGCCCGUUCAGUAAAUUUAUUGCCUUCGCGAAUGUCUGGGACUUCAUCAACAUGCCAGAAUUCCAGCUUUUGCACGUCAACGCAACCAAGGUUAUAUGGAAUCUUUUUGUCGAAGAGCCUCCCGCCUGCGCGCCGGUCUUUGAACAGAACAGCUACGGCCCCACGCUCGGCUGGGGCACUUCUGAGCUGGUGGUCGUCUUCCGUCCUUCGCCCAACCCUGGACCAUUCAGCCUGCUCGAGCGCGUCGAGCACCUGGGCUGGCUGGAGUUGGUGGUGCCAGGGAGGCGUGAUGGGCGGCUUGUGUAUUUCUGGGAUUGGCUUCUGGCCACCGGCGUCAAGAUCACACUCGUCAACCUCGCUGCACUCAAGGAAGCGUGGGCUCUUGAUGAAGAGGUGGACCUACGCCGUCGCGGGACCGAGACGGGGGCGGACAUUCGCUUCCUCACACUCGACGAGUACGAAAACGAGGCAGGGGAGGACUUGGAGCUGGAGACCGCGGAAGGUGCAUGGUGUCAUUGGAAGUCUGAGCCGCCGACCCCUCGCGAGCUUGGAGAGGCCAAAUGGCGCACGGAAUACCCCGACUCUGAAUCUGACAUGCCCGAGUUCUAUGAGGAGUUUCUAUGAUCAGAUUGAUCGCGCCACGGCUAGGUCAGUCGCGAGAUGGGACAUGCAGAUUGAUAUUUUGCCAUGCACCUCCACCCAGCACAUCAUGUGGCCUUUUCAUUCCACGCUUUCAAGACUCUCUGUAACAGCUGCCGCACGCCGGCGAAAUAUCUCCCAACUACUCGACGGUUAAUCUGCAAUAGUCAACGGAGAUGGCUUGCGCUUCCAAAGGGCAGAGAGGUCCCGGGGAUGUGCUCCCUCGCGACUCGCGGAUCACGUCGCUGCAGACUCAAGCUGCCGAGAAGCAAG